AUGCCUCGCUCGGACGAGGCCGCGUCCUUCUUUUUUGCCGUCUAUGCGGCCGUAAGUGAGAUUCCGCCUGGACGGGUCACCACGUAUGGGCAUAUUGCCGCCUUGAUUGGCAUGCCCCAGCGUCCUCGCCAGGUCGGCAUCUGUCUGAAACACCUGCCGGCCGACGCCACAGACGCUCUGGACGCCCCGGACAGCCAGCCUCUGCGCUUCCACAGCGGCAACGUCCCCUGGCAGCGCGUGCUCAACGCCAAGGGCCUGAUCUCGCCGCGAGCCGGCGACGGCGGCAACGGGCGACGACGACAGGCCGAGGCGCUGCGCGCAGAGGGCGUCGAGGUGAGGGAGAACGCGGGCGGGCUCGGCGAGAUGGCCGUCGACCUCGGCCGGUUCGGCUGGUUUCCGCGGCAGCUACCGUCAGAAAGAGAGGGUGAGGAAGAUGAGGACGGGGACGAAAAUGAUGACUAA